AUCUCUCUCUCCCUUCUUUCUCUCUCUCUCUCUCUCUCACACACACACACACACACACACACACACACACACACACACACACACAGAGAGCUGUAGGCGGGGAGGAAGAGGAGAUGCUGUGGUUAGAGGGAUGUAAACUGCUGCUGCAGCUGCUGCUGAUGAACCUCGCUGUUCUGGUUGUGGGAUUAUGAUGGAAACAGCGGGCUGUGCUGCAGCGCUGACCCGGAGCUCCUAGCUCGCUGCUCGGUGUGCUGACUGACCGUCUCCGCCCGGACCCGCCGCUGCCUCCACCGAAACAAAGACAGUAGACUGAGGGUUUGAUGGAGAGCUGGUCGAAUGACAGCGGGAACUGUCGUCAUAACUGGAGGAAUACUCGCAACGGUGAUACUGCUGUGUAUCAUUGUGGUGCUCUGCUACUGCCGACUCCAGUAUUACUGCUGUAAGAAGAAUGGAUCUGAUCCAGACUCCUCCUCCUGCUCUCAGGCUCAGCUGGCCUGUGACUCCUGCAGUCCUCCCAGGCUGGACGGGGCAGGCGUUGCACCCCUGUCCCUGUCCGCCCGCAGCUUCUGCCCCACCUGCUCACCCUACGGUUCGUCCUACUACAUCCGUGCCACGGACGAGACGCGCAACGGAACCGAGCGCAUCGGAUACAUGCCUGGUCAGCACGAGAGCCCAUCGCUGUCCCUCACACUGCCCUCCACACACAGCACUUCGCUGAGCUCACACACUCUGCCGGACUUCUACUACAACACACACACCAUCAGCACGGACGUCUGACAAGAAGUUGAUACGAUACAGACAAUUAGAGCUGACCAGCUUGCAGGGGGCCACUCCUGGACCUUAGUACUGUUGUGUUACAGUGUGUAGUGGGCAGCAGGAGCCUGAAAUAUUUGUAUCUGAAUUAAAGGAGGUUUGAUACAGAUACACCAUUCCUGCUGGGAAAGCCCCUGGAAACUGCUGGCUUUUACUGGGCCCUGACACACCACAACACUGAACUAUCUUAACAUCUGUGAAUAGUUGCACUUGAAAAUCCUGCAACAUUAUAUGGAUAAAAGUAUCGGGAUGCCUGCUCAUUUAUUGUUUUUUUCCAAAAUCAAGGGUUUAAAAAAUAGUAGCUGUCUCUACUGUCCAGGCAAGGCUAUUACUAGAUUUUGAAGCAUUGCUGUGAGAAUAUGAUGGCUUUCAGCAACAAGAGCAUUAGUGAGGUCAGGAUGUUGGACGAUCACCAGGCCACCUCAUCCCCAACUCCCUAGCUUACCCUAAAAGUACUGGGUGGAGCACCAUCAUUCCAGAGAACACUGCUGCGCACAGCGUAAAGUCAGGGCGAUUUACUAAAUUUCAGGUUGAUCUGGUCUAGAGAGUCCUAUUAUAUUGCCAGUACAUUUCUACAGGGACUAGACAAGCUAUGUGUGUGCAUUUGCAUAUCUGAGUCACCUAUGGAUGCAAGUUACUUUAAGUAGCUGGAUGCAUUCAUCAGGAGGGGUGUCCACAAAUAUUUGGACACAUUGUUUAACUCCUAAAUUAGAAGGUGGCCAGAGUCUGAUUCUCUCUCUCUUUUUUUUUUUUUUUUAAAGACCCAGGAACUUACAGUCUGUCCCAGGCAAAGGCUAGCAUUUCAAUCCAUCAAUUCAAAUGAAGCUUCAAUAAUAUGAAUUCAUAUUUGCUUUGCAUAUUAAGGCCUAUUCACACCAUUUAGGCUUUUUUCUAUGUAGUGGUACCUCAGACCAUUGUGGUAAACUCUAGCCCAUUUUUUGUCAUGACAAUGAAGCCCUAUUUGGAUGCACCUGUAUAGUGCAGAAAACAGAACUGAAAAAAAAGCAUGCAGCACCGCAAUCUAUCAGUUUUGGACAAUUUAAUAUAUGAAAUGUGCAUUUUUUGUUUGUUAUUCCAUUUAAACACAGAUGUCAAAAGCAAGAAGUUUCAACUGGAACACCCAAAAGUCAAUUACUUUUAGAAUUCAGAGUUUAGAAUCCAGGAUGGCUGCAAUGCACAGUAACAGUAGUAAAAGCAAUAGAAUUAUACAGUUACACAUUUGUUCAUUUGUGCCUCGUGGUGUUCAAAUUUAAUAUUGUUUAUUUAUCCACUGGAAUCGCUUACCUUGGAGAGUGCAAAAAUGCUAAACUGGGACAAUAUUAAAAAUGCCUACGUGGCAAAUAGUCUGGUUAGAAAUUCCACAAAACAUCAGAAAAUGCUUGUCAAAGUCUUGAUGAACUGUUUUUUGGAAAUGUUUUAAUAUAGUGUAAUAGAAUUGGAAGGUUUAACUGAAUUUAGUUGGGUUUAAUGUAGUUUUCAGCUUCAACAUCCCACUUCCUGAGGUAAAUGAAAUGCAGAACUGGCCUUUUGUGUAGCAAACACUCAUUAAGGUCAGAAUUGUGCAAAUAUGCAUCAUAUCCCAGUUGCAGACUUACUUUAUUACCACCUCUGUAUCAUGUUUAUCUAGCUUGUUGAUGAGGGCUGGGUGAUGAUUCAAUUCAAUUGAGACUUUGGCAUCCUAACUUAUGAAAAAAAGGUAAUCUAGAUAAAUUGAUGUGUGUCACUUCUUGUUUCCCAAUGAUGCUCUUGUUUUGAAUUUGUAUUGUUUAUUAUUUAUUUAUUUGUGUGUUUAACUAUAUUUAAAGUUCAUUGAAAUCCACUGUAUAAACAAAUCAAUAUAUUAAGUUUAUAUAAAGUCGUUAUUUAUAAAUUAUGUAACAUAAUCGUGAUUUUAACAAUAAGCAAAGUAAUUAAAUGAUGGAGUGAAAAUACAUACAAGAACACAGCAAAACUUUGGGACAGAUUGAAGCCCAGUCCUAUUUUUCUUUUGUACCCCCACUCCUUGAUUUCAAGGUUUCAAAAUAGGAUGAAACUGGGAUAACACCUAGUGUGUGUGUGCACAUAUAUAUAUAUAUAUUUUUUUUUUCUCCCAAAUUCCACAUAAAUGCUGCAGGCUCUGCCAUCUGUUGUACCAUUUAAGGUGGAAUUGGCAAGUUAGCCAUGUGGCUACUGAGACGAGUGGUUAAACUAUUACUAUUAAACUAUGUAGACCUAACACUUUCGCUACUCCUUGAUCGCUACUGUCUUGAUCCUAACAAGACACCUUACCCUUAAUUGUAAACAUGCAAAACAGAGAGGUAAGUGGUAGGGUCAAGGGGUGAAAUGGGAUUGGGCCUAAAUCUAGUCUAGUUUGGACACUGAUGAUUUAACUAUCUUAAUUGCUUUGUUUGUUUUGCCUACUUGUGAUCCUCAUCUGUCAACUGAGAGAAUUCUCCAACCUCAUUCUACACAGUCAGUUACUGACAAAGCCAACAACUAGUGUUGCAAAAAAUAUGAACUACAAAAAACUAUGGCUCAGAGCAGACUCUCAGUCACUUGUAAUAGUAGGUUUGUCAGGUGUGUCAGGGCCCACGGGGCCUCACACUCAGCUCUCAUUAGGGUGAAAACACCUGCUGCCCUAGGAACUCACUGAACCACUGAAUGAGGGCUAUCAAAAACAAGGUCUCAUCUGCUGCUGUUGAAAUGUUCAUUUUCCCACAAGUAUAUCUUCAGCAUUAAUGUUUUAGUAUUAAGUAUUAAUUGAUAAAGUGGGAAAUUUUACUGACUGUGUAUCCAGUGCUUUCUCUAUGCAAGGUCUAUGAGCUCAAGCAGAGAGAAAAGCCAAAAAAAAGUGUCAAUAAAACAUUCCUGAGACUCUCGUGACUCUCAUGUGAAUGAGACGUGCUAACAAACUUUACUCCGAUCAGCCAUAACAUUAAAACCUUGUGAAUGACUAUUAAUCAUUGAUUAAUAAAUAACAUUUUCUGAACUGGUUCCAGAGCAACAUGAAAAGAUACACCUUGAAAAGAGAUGCUAUGACAUGCUCUUGGUAUGCAGUGAUCAGUACCUAUUAAAGAUUAUCUUUUAAUUAGGCUUGCAUCAAGGUCAUUGAUGCUCAAGAAGGUCUUACCUCAUAGCUUAUUACAGGACUUAAAGGAUCUUCUGCUAACAAUAUUCUUGGUGCAACACGCCACUCUCAGAGAUCUUGUGGAGUCCAUGCUUUAUAGGGUCAGAGCUGUUUUGAGACCAUGGUUUUAAUGUUAUGGCUGAUCCUUGUGCUUUCCUUGUGGUUUACUUUUUUGUCCUUUUUUUAGUCAUAUCUGAAGACUUCCACAUUAAUCCUCAUGUAUAUUGGGUCUUAUGUUUAGUCCCUUUAUAGUUUGUUGGGAAAAAAAUGUUUUUAUUUUUUUGUUUUUGUUUUUUAAACUAAAAAUAACAAAAGAGCAGUCAAUCCAGGAAAACAUGUCUUUCUGUAAAGGUAUUAUUGUGUUUAGCCAAAGUUUAGCCACGUUACAGUAGCAAAUGUAUCUGAUCAAUGACUGUACAUUGCAUUGACGCUGUGGCUCCAUUUACAUCUCACAACUCAUUUGGUGCGCACCCUUCUCUUCUCCCACAAAUGUCUGAGACGGGCAAGAGGAUUUAUGUCCAGUACUGUGUAAGUAUUAAGUACUCUGGCCAGUUAGUUUUAGUCUACAAUAUCAUUAGCUUACUGCCUAUCAGCUAAUUACAUUAAAUUGGACAUCAGAUUUCAUACUUCAAACUUUACACAGAUUAUAUGUUAAUGUAGCCAACAGCACAACACCACAUGAUCAAUAACAGUAUGAUUAAUUAGCUAGCUGUCUGAUAGUUUGACAGCAGCCAAGCCAAUGAGAUCUAUUAUUUAGCUCCUUAGUGUUACCCCGCCUUCUUAAGAUAUAACAGAAUAAGGUUUUAAAAACUGAGAAAACAAUUUCUUUUUUUUGUUGAGAAAACAAAAGAUGUGCCUGAAGUAGCACAGGGAAACAAACUACUGACUCCUGAGAUGGAAAGGCAGUUUAAAGAAGAAACAUUAAAUAGAAAAUAGGCUGUUUUGUUCACAUCAUACUUCAUAAUACUGCACCGUCCAUGUUUUCAACAGUCAAUGUAUCAGAAACUUAAACGGGAGAUUUAAGCUGUUAUUUAGUGAUGUGCAUUCUAUUGCUUCUAUUCCAGCUUUUGAUGCUUUAAAACUAGAAAAAGGAGGAAAACGAUGUUCAGUUUAACCAUGAAAGGAACAUCUUCCCAUUCUGUUCUGAGCACAGCUGGUUUUUAAAACGCUGUUUGAUUUUCUCUUCACCUUAAGAGUUGAAACUCACUGCUCACAGCUGAUGUAAAUGAUUAUACCUGAACAUACCAGUCUGCAUUUCUUUGCAGACCAGACUGACUGACCUAUGGGACUACAUUUUAAACUGAUCUACCCGAUUCCAGUUCCCUGUUGAUGUUGUUACAGAUUAAACUGUUAUGCUUGGAAACAUCCAUAUAUUUUCACUUUCUGAAGUCAUUUGUGUACUGAAGACGAUGCCCCGCAGAGACUUUAUCAUGUGGAGAGAAGUGUGUAGUGUUUUCCAGAUUAGAAUGUGAGUACCAGUUUAAAGUGGAUUGAAACAGCAAAGCAAAAAAUAAGCAUUAAUAAAGAUCAUUAUUAUAAUGUUAA